AUGGAACACAUAACUGUAGAGUAUUAUUGUGCUGGUACUCCUUAUUUAUCACCAGAAGCUAUUGAGGAAAUCAUUCAAUCUCGAGGGACAGUUAAAAUGUAUGCAGGAAAAUGGCUAAUAGAUAUAGUACUUCAACUUGUAGAAUAUAUGAAAUUUGGAAAAGACAUGCUAAAAGCAUACCCUUGCCCAAAAAAAAGAAACCCAGGAUCCAGUUCUAGAUCUGUUCGGGUAUCUGAUUCAGUAAAUAUUCUAAUAAAAAAAGUAGUUGAAAUGGAUAAUUUACAAGCUAGGCUUGCACAAAAUCGCAAAGAAAGAGAAGAAGCUAAACAUGAGACGAAAAGA